CAUCCUUCAGUUAGUUUACGUGGUGAUGGUAUCGGAGGCACACGUACUUCGUGUAGCGGAGCGAUCAGUGUGUAGUGCACAAUGCUGAACAUACUUAUACAUGGAGCUGUGCCAUUUGGCUACACUACUGAAAUGAAUAACAUGGAUUUAUUUGUGACAGAUGAAAUGUAUUGGGAAAAUCUUCAAAAUCGCAGAGGGCUGCCCGCGACCCUUCCAGACGUCAUUCUCAGCAACACGCCUCCACCUUCGCCUCUACGAAGAGCCCAAUCGUAUCUCUCCUUCUUCCCUGAAAAGUCGCCCCACGCCCUUCCUGUUCUCCCCACGCUCGACACGCCCCCUGCCACGCCUUCAGACCCUACCGUUGGGGUCGCCCGCGCCGCCUCCGUGGGUAGGCUGGAGGAAGGAGGUAGGGAUGAAAGCGUGAAGACCAGUCUGGAGCACAUCCAAGAGGUACGACGCAGACUCCAGAGUGAUCAUCCACACCCUCCCAACACCCUGCCCCAACUCUCCUGGCCUCUCCCCCGCCCCCAUCGCUCUCCCCAACGCCAGGGAGAGGAGAGCAGCCUAGAGGAUGGAGACCGGGCCCAAGAUGAUGAGAUACAGUAUAGGAGAGUGGGAAGAGAACUUCGUAAGAUUGCUGACCAGUUCCAUGUCAGCAAUGCCAAGGUGAGCACGAAGGAAGGUGAUCAGGAGCCAGCAAGUCUAAGAGUGCCUGUGGCUCUGACCAGAUGUGUCUCAGCGUCCAUCCUCGCCCUCAUCUGGUGGCGGCUCUUCAACAAGUUCCACUGAUCUCCAACCCGGCGUCAUCCACCCUAUUCUGCAGUGGAUGCUUCUGGGCCUCAGUAUUAGACUUUCAGCUGGUCUUAUCAGAGUUCUUCUUCGGCAUUAUUGUGUUGAAGAACUUCUUUUGCAUCUUCAAGAUGUUAUGCGCCUGUUCUUUCGUCUGGAUGUCCCCCAGAGGCUUUUCUUCAGGAGGGGAAGACUUCUUCGCUUCCCCUGGUCCGCUGCUACCGCUGUUCUCCGGCAUAUUCCAGUGUUUGGAUGUUCUACCUCACGUGAACUUCUGGAUCCAGCUUUUCAACCUCGAGGGUUCCGUCGAACCUCAGUGUCUUGUUUGAGGUUUAUAUGUCUAUAUAAGAACUCGAAAUUAUGGACCUUUUGUGCCAUUUGACUAAAACUUAAAUUUUUCUAAAUGUAAAGUUAUAUUGGAUGAAUAAUUUGGAAUAAAUCCCGGUGAGUCCGUAUCGCCAAGGGACCAGUUCUGUAAUGUUGUAAUGAACAAUAUAUAAUAUUUUGAAAGAAUUUAAUCGUGCACGUCAGUGAUUAUCUAAUUAAAACAAAUAAUCACUCCUUUACAUUGGUCCUACCUUGUGUAACUUCUGAAGAAAAACAAA